AUGACCCAAGAGGAGAAGAGAAGAAAGAAAAGAAAACGAAGGGAAAUGGGCCUUCACAUCCCCGCCAUGGGCCCAACACGGACCCUAGGGAUGGGAGGUCCCCGCACGGAGUAGAACUAGAACCCACACGGCUCACAGAUGCGGGAAACGAGCGAAGAGAGCAUAAGACGUGGAAAACCUAAAGACACCUCAGGCAGUAUAGCGGAACCGGGGGUCCUUCGUCUUUGCUCGUGCUCCUCGAUCUGGCUGGACACGUGAGGGCAGGGUCUCCUCUAUCGCCUCGAGCUCGUGCAGUGGUGGAGACAGGUCCCGUUCCCCACCAAUCUGUCAUAAAAUUCUUCUUGAGAUAA